ACACACACACGGAAACACACACACGUGUGAAGUUUGUCCCGCAUGCUCUGGCAGACAUAAGAUUUUUUCUUCUGCACACCCACCAGGACAUGGACCCUUCGAGUGUGUUCCUCCUAUAGGCGCCAUGUGGCGGCGGGUUUGCACGCAGUCAGUGGUUGGAUGAGGCCACGCCCACCACGGAACCUCAGCGCGCCGGCACAACUCGGUAUAAAGAGCGCACGAGCUCCACCGGUAUCUCUUCGGCCGUGAGACAGACCAGCGUUUGCUGCUGCAUCACAUUUCUAUGAUUUGUUUCCUUCACAUCUAAAAACAGCGUCAUCCAUCAUCAGUUCUUAAUCCGUUUUUUUACUUCAGUUACCCCGACGCCACUUGCAUGCAUUGUUCGUCUCCAAAAAUGGUUUGCGAGACUAAAAUAGUUGCGGACGACCCCGACGCCAUAGCUGGGAACCAAAAAGAUUCUCUGAUCGUUUCCUCUUCGCAGAUGUGGACGUCGAAUUCCGAUGCGUUUGAGCGCAAAGACGCGAAACGGGAGCAGGUUUUAAUCCGCGACUUUGCAGGCGGCGAUGACGCAGAGGUGCGCCGCAUCUUCACUGAGGGCAUCAUGGAGCGGAUCCCCAACACGGCCUUCCGUGGCCUCAAACACCAACCACACACUCAGAUCAUGUACGCUGUGAUCACAGUAAUGUGCUUUGUUAUGACCAAGUCGCUCAUGCUGAUAUGCUGCACACCUUUCAUUCUAAUGGGAGCACGCUAUUACUAUAGCAGAAAAGUCAUCCUCAACUACUUGGACUGCGCACUCCACACAGAUAUGGCUGAUAUAGAGGCGUACUACAUGAAGCCCACAGGUUCUUGCUUCUGGGUGGCGGUGCUGGACGGUCAGGUGGUGGGCAUUGUUGCGGCACAGGGACGAGAAGAAGACAACACGGUAGAACUGCGACGCAUGUCUGUGGACUCUCGUUUCCGUGGGAAGGGCAUCGCCAAGGCGCUGGGACGACGCGUCCUAGAGUUUGCUAUGCUUAACAACUACUCGGCUGUGGUUCUGGGGACGACAGCCGUCAAGAUGGCCGCCCACAAGCUCUACGAAUCAUUGGGGUUUCAAAAGGUGGGCGAGACUGAGAACUACACUCUGCCCGGAAUGAGCUGCUCAUUGAUGGAAAGGCUCUUCUUCCAGAUCCGCUACAGCCGCUACCGGCUACAGCUCCACGAGGAGUGAGAGUGUGAGAGAAUGAACGAAAGCGUGAGCGAACGAGUGGAUGUAAGAAAGCGUGUGAGAGUAUGAACACCGACCACAAACCUUAAAUCACCUAAACCCAGUCCACCUCUAAAACUUUAUUAUUUUUUUUUUUCUAAAUCACAAAUGUUAUUUUUACCACUAUUUCUAUUAAUAUCGUAAUGUUUUUCUUUUCUUUCUUUCUUUUUUUUUUUUUUUUACAUUUUACGUUAAUCAUUUCUAUCAUAUUUUUACCAGUACUUAUGGAACCGCCCACUUAGUUCAUAUAUGCUAAUAUAUAAAAAAAGUAAGGAUAAAUCCCUCACAUCUUAACAAGAGUAAAAUGCCACACAACACAGACAAUAGGUCGGUCUGUCAGACUCUCUUUAAAAUCUGUUGUAAGGGCUGAUCUGAUCGCUAGCACUGACUUUUCUCAAAGAUUGCAGAAUAAACAGAGGGGUGUACAGGGGAAAGGAGAACGGAUACAGUUACAAUUCUCUUUCCAACGUCACACUUCUCUGUUAAACGUACACAAACGCAGGUACAAGACGGAAAAGCUGGUGACUCUAGCAGUCAAACAAACUAUAUUGACUAAAGCACAGCAAGUUUUUCUAUGUCUUAAGAACAAGAAGAGAACUAAACAGUGAAGUUAGCACCAAGUGAAGGAAAUCCUAGUUAUUCCUGCACACAGUUUAACUGGGAGUGAAGUCAAAAGUGGAGAUUUUACUGUAAGGGAGGAAUCCUACUAUACAUAUACAGUAUAUAUAGUAACUGAUGUUUUGCCUCUAACUCUUCUUUUUUUUGUUUGUUUGUUUUUUUAAUCACAGGUCAGUCUCUCAAUCUUUCCUUUUGUUUUGCUGGAACGGAUCAGAUAUUGCACAGAUUGUAUUGCUGUAUAAGAUCUAUAUUGUAUUAUGUCUAAAUAUGACAUGUCUUAAUGUGAUAUAAUACCUACUUAUUUAAACUGGAAUUAAUUGGACCUAGAUGAACAAGGUAUUCAUUUGCAGUCAGUGAAAUGUGAUUUGACGUUAACACACACAACUACAAAAAAAGGUACCUUCAUUCCAAAUUGAGCAUCUCUAUUGAAAUAUCGGCAAGUUUAAACAAAGCAAAUCGAUACGAUCGCAGUAUUAUUAACUGUAAUAUGCGGCUGUUAUCGGUGCGUUUGGUGAAGCUUGGCUGGUCAAACAUAAAUCUGAGCACAAAUUUGGAUUUGACAAGAUGACUGCAUAAAUAUAUACGAUAUAUAUAUAUUUAAGCCUUUAUGUUUUACAUAUAUUUGGAAUAUGUAAAUGUGAAACAUUUGAAUACAUAUCUAUGACAGAUAUAACUGAAAAUCUCUCACCAUAUCAAUUCUCCUAUGAAAGUACCAGCAGUGGGAGAGAUACAAGCCACAACGAGCCUCAUUUGUGAAAUAUUCUUGUAAAAAGAUAAAAAAAAAAAACAACUUUAAAAAAAAACAAAAAACAAACCUAAAUGUGAUUUAAACUAAGUAACGUAGUGCGAAAAAAACAAACAAACAAACAAACCCUUGAUCCUUGCCAAUUUUCCUUGACUUGACUUUUACCCAUCCAUGAAACUGACUGCAGCCCUGGGCCAGACCCAACACCCUAACCCCACUCAUCUGUUCCCACCCCAUCUCUGCAUGCGCCACUGAGCCUUGUUGCGCUGCUUCUAUCUCCAUUCGAGCUUGUACGACUCCUAAAACCCCCUCUGUGAUGUUAUAGUAGCAGCAUGAAAGAUGGCGGUUUGAAAAGGAAAACAUUAAGCGUACGUAUGACGUAAGAGACGCACUUACCGACUCUCUGCUUCGAUGACAUCACAGCUGCCAAAAGUAGAAUGCAAAAGCAAUGCAAAUAUGUGGCAUGCCUCUGUACCUGGUUCGUACGUACGGUGCCUGCCCUGGAAAUGAUGUAACUCUGUUUAAAAAUAUGUAGAACAAGCUUCUUUUUUAGCUGAACAUAUAACGAUGUGUGUCUUUGUUAAAAGAAACUACUGUUUUGCAUGAAACAUGACUGAAUGGAGAAUGUUCAAGAAAACACGAUCUAUCGAUUUGAUGUCUUAACAGUGGACUUCUAUUUUUAUUUAUUUAUAUAUUUUGAUUUGUUAAUAUUUGUUUAAUGUAAACAUUUUAAAAAUUUGUUUCAACCUUUUACUACAGGGGUGACGGAUAUCCGGUUUACUGUAAGAAGCCCAAAAAAACACCCAGCUAAAUGCAGCAUUACAUAUUGUAUUACAAGACAUUAAAAGAGCUUCUCACUGUAAACACCAGGACAACUCACUCGAUGAAAUCAGGCGAGCUCAAACCUAGAAAUCACCGAUCGAUGCAAACGGAACGGCAGAGCAGUCUGACUCGUUCGAAUGAAACCGUUUAAAAGUCACUCGUUAAAACAGGGCAGUAUACAUACCAGACGCAUUAAACAAUCGAGCCUUAAUGCCAUGAUGAAAGGUUUUAACUCGCACAAGCUUGGGAAAAAAACGAAAGAAGAAUUAGACUAGUGUGAAAUACACAGAUAGAACUGUUGUUUAAAAAACAACUUUCGAAAAAUUCACAUAAAGGAGCUACAUGUGAAAUGAACCAGAGUAAUGAACACAUCUACAGGCGUUGAAACGAAGCUUAACAAACGAGGGAAUACGUGCAAAAAUAUGUUUGUUCAGUGUCACCUAAUGUGACCUUAAUGCAAGUCUGGUGAUUGAACUACUGGGGAAAAAAAGUAUUUAGAAACCCAGCUAAUAAACAUGAUACGAAUCUUGCGUGUAGCUCCUUUACUAGAAUUGAACCUUAUUCCCAUAAUCACCUACACACAGACAAACGUAGAUGUUGAUCCAAGUGCAUAUUUGCAGCACACGUGUCACUUUGUCUGUGAAUGAACUGUUUUAUUUUGUUCAGCGUGUCUCAUAAGGCGAUGUUGGCAGAUGCGGAUGACUGAAUGUAAAAGGCAAGCUGUAAUGUAUAAACUAAUAGACAGAUCCAGAAUAUAUGACACGGAACGCUGCUUUCCCGACGGGUCUAAUCAGUCGGCCGUAUAAUGAUGAUGGCACGAGUUCAAACUAUGAGAAAUUCCAACCACAUACUGUAACUAAUGACUGCUUCAUGUAUAACAUGGUGAAAAGUCCUUAAAGGUGUUACUGAGCUUUGCACGAGCAAGGAAAGUCUUGCACAUGCAAAAGGAUCGAGUCAUUCUGCUUGAUGUGUUUUUGGAUGAGAAUGUACGCAUGCUGCUAAGAUUCCAGGAUUAUGACACAAUGACAGCUGUAACAGUUAAAAGGUUGAGAGGAUGGAUGGAUGGAUGGACGGACGGACGUAUGAAAGCUCUCAGAUGUGGAAAGCUUUUGAAAAGAAUGCUUGGGGAAUUCCUAGAGUUCAUAAUCUGUUAUAAUAAGAAUCGCAGACGUCUGUUUCGAAAUGGCUCAAAAAGGAAUUCAGACUAAUUGAAUCAGUGAAACUUUUACGAGCAAACUUUUUUACCCCACACACCGAACACCCCCCCCCCCCUUUUUUUCAGCAUUCAAGCGUGUCUUUUGUACAUAAAUAUCCAAUGUCUGGAAAAUGACUGAUAAUGCAAAGCAUCCAGAAGACCUGUGACCUGCAUGAGAAGAUGGCUGCUACAGGAAUGUUCCAUUUUUUAAAGGACAGGGGGGAUUUACAGUGGAAGAAAGCUUUGCGUGCUCUACUUGAGGGAAUUUUUGGUACAAGCUACGGCUGGAUCCCCUUCCUACCUCCCCUAUUUACUCUUCUGGUUAAAAGCACUCUCUUGAUUGUGGCUGGAGGUGCCAAGAAUGCAGAAGCACUUGUAACAAAUUGUAUUUUUAUUUUUCUGAAUUUUAUUAUUUGAGAUUAUAUUUACUGAUUUUGUUUUUUUAUUGGUUUUUUUUUUUUGCUAAUAGCAAGUAUGUAUCAUAUGCAAAUGUAAGAUAAAUCAAAAAUGUAUUCAUGUUAAACUUUUAAUUUUUUUUCAUAAGGCUGAAUUUGCCAAAGGUGGUUUUUGCUGCAUUGUAUUUUGUUUUUCUGUGUUCUUAACACUUGGAAAUCAUUUGGAGGUCAAGCCCUUUGUGCCAUCUAACCGAGCAAUAAAAUGCACAUGUAGAAAGUAAAAAGUAAGGAAUUCAAAAGUCUAAAUGCUGCAUUCGUUUUCUACCUAAAUGCUGUAUUGAUGGUGAGCAUUACCACUGGCAGAUCUAAAGAUUCUGGGGCAUGACUCUAAACGGAUUUAUUCUUUUUUUUCUUGUGAUGAAUGUUCUUUUUUUUUUUCUUUCCUAAAUGUGAAGAUGAACGAUGACGAACUAGUGCUUAUAAUGUGUUUGACAGCCCAUGGAAAGCUGUGACCACUCAAGCCCACUGUACAGAGUGAUGCUACACCCCCUCUGAAAGCUGUUCCGGUUCUAAUCUCUGUUUGGCCAGCAUCAAAAAUCACAAAGCCUCUUUCAGCACUGGAAACUACAGAGAAGUGAACUUUUCAAGAUCUUCGAUGUUGAACAUGUAAACCAAACGAUGCACAGUUUAACACUGGAGAAGAAGGAGUCUUUCUCAAGAAUGAGGAAUAUAUGGCUUUUGUUUUCUUUUUAAAAGCAUUUUUGUUAAGUGUAAAGCUGUAAAGUGUAAUUUACUGUAAAUAGGGACAUUUUUGUGAUCCUUUUAUAACAGAAAUGAUAUCUUUGGAUGUUUACAAAAACCAUUGACCUGCAAACUGAGACACAAUUGUAUUCCACAACAAAUAGCACACGCUGAAGUGAGAACAGCUUUCAGAGUGAUGGACAUCUCCUCAGUACUGAACAUAUUCAGGCCUUUGAUGUUUGCUCGAGCAAACUGAAGAGAAAAAAUUCUAGUAUUGUAUGAGAUAUUCCCUCACUGUUAGUCUGAUGCAAAGUCCUUUGUUAUAGCUGUAUCGGUUGGCAGGGAAUGCUAGAAAAUCCUCUUUACAUGUAUGCGCUGGUAACCUGUGGAUUUCUUUCUUCUUGGUCCAGUUCUUGGCUGACUGUCGCUAUGGAAACAGGCUCACUUAAAGCACAGCAGAUAAAAUUAUAUGCAACCACUCAAGGGAACCGAUUACCUGGAGCAUGGGGUCGGGGUUGUGUACUUGGUAUGUGGGUUAAAUAUGCCAAUAAACAGGCCAAGUAAGGGAUAAAAAUGGAGAGGGGUAGAAUAGAUGCCCUUAGGGUAUGACCGGCAAAGGCCUUGCUAAAAAAAAACGUGUGUGUGGCUGCAGUGAUCACUUGGAUCCUACAGGGUCUGUCAUUAUAAAGAUGCCUCAGUUUCAUUAGACGUUCUUUAUUUUUUGAUGUGUUCUUUGUUUUUUCAACUGCUGUAACCUUUUUUUUUUUCCUGACUUAAGUAAUAGGAAGAUUGUAAAGAUGUAAAGAAAGGAAAUCUUGCAUUACAAAAGAAAUGGCUGUACAUAUUGUAUUAAUUAAAACAAUCAAGCUUG